AUGCUCUACACAUCAUAUGGCACCCCUGUGUCGUACUCAACAGCUGCUUCUCACUUCGAAGUAGGCUGUCUAGCUUCGCAAUACAAACACUUCCCACCGCAGUACUCCCCCUCCGGAGGUGAUGAUGGGUAUCGACCUAGGACGGUCUACACGCCCGCAGACGGUACCAACCCGGAGACCAUCACGUACUAUUACGGCGGGAGGGCCCCUGAUAAGCCGGAGCCAAGCAUCCGUCGUCUGCUGAAAGGCGCAAUUAAGAAUUCGUAUAGGCAGUUUGUCCAUGAUAUGAGAGCCAAAUGGGGCGGUGCUAAGGCGACGCAGUCUACGGAACUGUCGUAG